UUGCAGCUGAACGAAGCUCAACAAAAUGAUUUAAACGAUUCUACUUGGAUUUCGCUAAAUUGUACUUUACUUUUGUUUCAUCGUCUCUCCACAAGACUGACAUCGAACUGAGUUUACCAAAGGAGUUGUAUAGCUUCAUCAUGUUUGUUCGACAGAAUAAACUGGUUGAAUCGAUUGCACAUAUCUUUCAAUUUACUCGGUUAGUCAAAGCAUUUCUUGCACGCUCACGAUGAGUUACGGUGGCUACGGAAAUCGUGGUGGUUACGACUAUCAAAGGAGAGAUCGUAUUAAUGAAGAAGAGGUUCCUGAAUCCAAGCAUACCAUUUUCAUUCGUGGUUUGCCUGGUGAUAUGUCGACCGAUGAGAUCAAAGAAUAUUUCGAGGACAGAAUCGGCCCAGUGUCUUUCGAUUUUGUAAAAACGAGCGCUGAUCAACAACGUUUGUUUGUAGCUGUUCGUUUUGAGACCAGAGACGAUGCAAAAGAAGCAAUGAGCAAAUAUAGCGAUAGUGAACUAAUGGGACAUCGGUGUGAAUUGACAUGGUUCAAAGAUAUUCGUCGUUAUGCACAAUAUCAAAGUCUGAAUCAGCAAAGACGUGGACGACCAGCAUUUCGUAGAAACUACCAAUACAACAAUACUAGCAGAGAUCGCGGUAGAGACGCGCCUAAACGACGUUAUUCUGAUCGCGAUGAUGACAGAAGCCGUUCACGAUCAAAAGACAGAGAUCGUUCGUCGAGCUACAGUCGUUCUCGAAGUGGAAGGUCCGGUUCGUCUAGAAGCCGAUCCCGCAGCAGUGAUCGUGCUGGCAGUGAAGAACGUAAACGCUCAUCUUCGCGAGAUUCGAAUGAUGCAGGUGCAGAUCAUGAGAAGGGUGAUGGAGAUCCUGAUCGAAAGCGUCGCAAGAAGGACAAGAAGCACAGAAAAUCAAAGAAGAAGCACAGCGGAUCCCGCUCGCGUAGUUCAUCUGAGGGACAUUCUUCUACACCUGAGCAAGCAAUAUUCGGUCGUCAUGCUCCUGCUGGUACCCCGAUAUCACCAAAUCAAGAGGAUUCGCCUAAUAAUACUGUUCCCGCCGCAGCUCCAGCCGUCAGUUCUACGUCUGUCACCAGUACCACACCUGCACCACCUACAAAUAGUGAAGCGCAGCACUCACAUGCGGAUAUAGCUCUACCGCCGCUUCCUCCUCCCAUCAUAACAACAACCUCUGCACCUGUUCGGAUUCCGAUACGCAUACAGACACCAGCUAGUGUGAUUAGUAACACUACUUUUGCGAUCGGCAUUGAUUCGGAUGAGUUACCACGCAAGGUAAUGCGUAACGUCUCUCCAACUGGACCUGUCGUGACCCCACCGUCUGUUGCUGCACAGGAGGAAGAAAAACUUGCUCAUGAAACAAUGGAAACUACUAUGACAGCAAUAGGUCUUCCUCCUCCACCUUGUCCACCAUUGUUUUCCAGUGAGAAGAACUCGUUACCUUCGUACAAAGCAACAUUCACACCUAGUAGUUGUCAUGGCGAUACCGUGCCUUAUCUCCAUGCCAACCAUUCCACAUUCAGUGAUCAGAAAAGCAGCUCGGUUGCGCAGAAGUCUGAUCAGCAGGACAUAAAGCCUGCUACACUUUCAUCCGAAGUGACUCCUGCUGCAUCUAAUCAGCAAGACACAAUUUCUUCCUUUAAUGAAACGUCUGCUAGUUCUAAGUCGAACUCGACUCGUUUUCCGACGACAUCGCGUUUAUUCAGCAACCUGAAAGAGAUACAAUCUAAUAUCAUCAAGACAGUCAAAGUAGAACCAAAACAAAAUGAAGGAUUUGGGGGCCUACGACUUAGUAGCUUGGCUACGAAUCAGCAGGACAGCGACGAUGAGAAACGUAUCAUUAGGGAGAAUAGACUCUCAAAGUUGGAUGAAAUAUCUCUUGAACGUUUUAUGGUGAGGAAGAAGAAGCUGGAGGAGACUUUCCGUGGCGAUUGUCAAACUUAUGCUUUUGUCACGAAGAAGCUUAUAGAAAAGGAUCCUUCACUUGAAUCGCAGCUUCGCAUUGCUUUGAUUGAAAAUAUGGAAGAUCUCGAAAAACAAGUCUACGAACAAAUCGAUGCAUAUCUCGAUACUGUUUGUGACUAAACUUUCUCGAGACAAUAUCUAU